GGCCCCCCGCGGCCUCCUGCUCCGGCCCCUGUCUCGUGGCCUCCGCAGUCCCGCGGCUUGGACCUCCCGGCGUUCCCAGGCUCGCACAAGACCCGGGCGUCGCCCUGUCUUCCGCAGGCCUACGUGCCAGGGCCCCUCUGUAUUCCCGGCACGGGGAGCAGACAGGAACUCUAUUUUAAGAACGUCUCAAAACAAAAGAAACAAGUCAUGGAGAAGAAUGGGAAUAACCGAAAACUUCGGGUUUGUGUUGCCACUUGCAACCGUGCUGAUUAUUCUAAACUUGCCCCGAUCAUGUUUGGCAUUAAAAUGGAACCUGAGUUCUUUGAACUUGAUGUGGUGGUACUUGGCUCUCACCUGAUAGAUGACUACGGGAACACAUACCGCAUGAUUGAACAAGAUGACUUUGACAUUAACACCAGGCUGCACACAAUUGUUAGAGGGGAAGAUGAGGCAGCCAUGGUAGAAUCAGUGGGCUUGGCCCUAGUGAAGCUCCCAGAUGUCCUUAAUCGCUUGAAGCCUGAUAUCAUGAUUGUUCACGGAGACAGGUUUGAUGCCCUGGCUCUGGCUACAUCUGCCGCCUUGAUGAAUAUCCGAAUCCUUCACAUUGAAGGUGGGGAAGUCAGUGGGACCAUUGACGAUUCUAUCAGACAUGCCAUAACCAAACUGGCUCAUUAUCAUGUAUGCUGCACCCGGAGUGCAGAGCAGCACCUGAUAUCCAUGUGUGAGGACCAUGACCGCAUCCUUCUGGCGGGCUGCCCCUCCUAUGACAAGCUUCUCUCUGCCAAGAACAAAGACUACAUGAGCAUUAUUCGGAUGUGGUUAGGUGAUGAUGUAAAAUCUAAAGAUUACAUUGUUGCACUACAGCACCCUGUGACCACUGACAUUAAGCAUUCCAUAAAAAUGUUUGAAUUAACACUGGAUGCGCUUAUCUCAUUUAACAAGCGGACCUUAGUUCUGUUUCCAAACAUUGAUGCAGGGAGCAAAGAGAUGGUUCGAGUGAUGCGGAAGAAGGGCAUUGAGCAUCAUCCCAACUUCCGUGCAGUGAAACAUGUCCCAUUUGACCAGUUUAUACAGCUGGUCGCCCAUGCUGGGUGUAUGAUUGGGAACAGCAGCUGUGGAGUACGAGAGGUUGGAGCUUUUGGAACACCUGUGAUCAAUCUGGGAACACGUCAGAUUGGAAGAGAAACAGGGGAGAAUGUCCUUCAUGUCCGGGAUGCCGAUACCCAAGACAAAAUACUGCAAGCAUUGCACCUUCAGUUUGGUAAACAAUACCCUUGUUCAAAGAUCUAUGGGGAUGGAAAUGCUGUUCCGAGGAUUUUGAAGUUUCUUAAAUCUAUUGAUCUCCAAGAGCCACUACAAAAGAAAUUCUGCUUUCCUCCUGUGAAGGAGAAUAUCUCUCAAGAUAUUGACCAUAUUCUUGAAACUCUAAGUGCCUUGGCUGUUGAUCUCGGUGGGACAAACCUCCGUGUCGCAAUAGUCAGCAUGAAGGGUGAAAUUGUUAAGAAGUAUACUCAGUUCAAUCCUAAAACCUAUGAAGAGAGGAUUAAUUUAAUCCUACAGAUGUGUGUAGAAGCUGCGGCAGAAGCUGUAAAACUGAACUGCAGAAUUUUGGGAGUAGGUAUUUCUACGGGCGGCCGUGUAAAUCCUCGGGAAGGAGUUGUGCUGCAUUCAACCAAACUGAUUCAAGAGUGGAACUCUGUGGACCUCAGGAGCCCGCUCUCUGACACCUUGCAUCUCCCUGUGUGGGUGGACAACGAUGGCAAUUGUGCUGCCCUGGCAGAAAGGAAAUUUGGCCAAGGAAAGGGCCUGGAAAACUUUGUGACACUUAUCACAGGCACAGGGAUCGGCGGGGGGAUCAUCCAUCAGCACGAGCUGAUCCACGGAAGCUCCUUCUGUGCUGCAGAACUUGGCCACCUUGUUGUGUCUCUGGAUGGGCCUGAUUGUUCCUGUGGAGGUCGUGGAUGUAUUGAAGCCUACGCCUCUGGAAUGGCCUUGCAGAGGGAAGCAAAGAAGCUACAUGAUGAGGACCUGCUCUUGGUGGAAGGGAUGUCAGUGCCGAAAGACGAGGCCGUGAGCGCGGCCCAUCUCAUCCAAGCUGCGAAACUUGGCAACGUCAAGGCCCAGAGCAUCUUGAGAACAGCUGGAACGGCUUUGGGUCUUGGGGUUGUGAACAUCCUCCACACCAUAAAUCCUUCCCUUGUGAUCCUCUCUGGAGUCCUAGCCAGUCACUACAUCCACAUCGUCAAAGACGUCAUCCGCCAGCAAGCCUUGUCCUCGGUUCAGGAUGUAGACGUGGUGGUGUCGGAUUUGGUGGACCCUGCGCUGCUCGGUGCUGCCAGCAUGGUUCUGGACUACACGACUCGCAGGAUCUGCUAGGCCUCCCAGGGGUGCACCCGGACCGAGACUCUAAGCUUCUUCGUGGAAUCAGGUUGUCUUUUAGACGAGCAUUUCUUAAAAAGCAGAUUUGGUAUUUAAAUUUGGUAUUUGGCAGGUGACUUCGGCAGUUAAAUUUUUGCUUUUAGUCUCCUCUUCCGAAGCCACCUUUCCCAACCCCCAUUUUUGUAGAUGCUGCUCCUUCUGGGGUCAUUUCAGCUCAAACCCUCUAAGCACCAGUCACAAUCUUCUGUGCCAAAGUUGCUGUGACAGUAGACAAGGACGCCUCAGGGCUCUGCUACUAGACGGACCACGUAGACCUACAGGCCUUGCCUGAGGCGGGGCCUCAAGACUGGAGUUUAGAUCGUUCAUCCUUCCUCCUCUGGCCCUAAACUCCGAUUGCAGAAAGGGAUCCGGUCAGGAAACAGAAGGAAAUCUCACUGUGAAAGGCUUGAGUAAACUUUUUUUAAAAACCGCUUUCCUGAGGUAUUUUUAAAAGUGUACAAUUUGAUAAGCUUUGACAUAUGUAUACCCCUGUGAAACCAUCACUGCAGUCAAGACAUUGGACACCUCUGUCAUCCCCAAAUGUUGUUUGCUUAAUGCUGUUAUUUAUGACCCUUGCAGAAUCUUGAGCAACUUUAGGGAUCUGAAUGAGUCACCUUCUUGAUCUUGUCCUUAUCUUCUUAAGGACAGCUGAGAAGCCACUAGGACUUACAGCCUGUGCAAGGAGAUUAACCAUCCCCAAAGGAUCUUUGCGACCGACAGAUACCUCUCCCUUCAAUAACCUUUCCUGCUAAUGUUGGGUAUGACCUUGGGAGUAUCCAUUAAGCGAGUACUUGUGGAGCUCGUAUCUGUGAAUCUGGAUUCUGGCUAAAUAAGAUCCUGUGCUUUCACUGGUGUCAGGAUACAAAGGCCAAGGUUCUUACUAUCAAUUUUAACCUAGAAGAAAUACUAAGACCCUCCAUUUGUUAAGUGCCUACUGGAUGCCGGGCUCUGAACUAGGUGCUUCAUAUACAUUAUUCCUAAUUCGUACAACCUGGGAGGUAGAUGUCCUCAUUUCCAUUUUAUACAGCCCCAAACUAAGUCCUGAUGUGCUGCAGUGAUUACCUAAAGCCUUGUGGCUAGUGAGUCUUAGAAACAGGGUUUGAUCCCAGGUCCCUCUGUGCUUUUCUGCUAUGCCACACAACCUCUCAGAUAAGAAACUUGCAAAAUGUGAAUAUAUCUUGAUUUACUUCAUACUACCAACAGCUUCAGUAAGACUGACUCAAUUUGUCUUUGAUGCUGUCCUUCAGUGAUAAACUUAAUCAAAUAUUCCUCUAUGCUGUAGACAUUUUGCCAAUGCAGUAUUUGGUCCAGUGACAGGUUUUUAUGGGUACUUUUAGAUGAUCUAAAAAAGCAUAUGCAUGUUUUUCAGAUUUUAAUUUUAGGAAAACCUGAAGGUUUGCAUUGUUUUGGUGUUAGCAUACAAAAUAAAGUGAAAGAAUCUAUA